ACUGGCGAUCGAAACUCGGGAGCUCUGUUUUAAAAACUGAAAUUGUGUGCUAAAAAGUGAUUGUUCGCGUGCAAAAAGUGUUGCAACCGCAAGGUGAAUGCGCCUCGAUUGCUGGACGCGUGAAGAAAAAUGCAGAAUGCCGAACAAUCCGGAGUGAAAAACCGGGAGAAAAUUGUCAAGUCAGUGAUUCAGACAUCGUCGAAAUCGCAGCUGCACCAGCAGCCUUCAUCGUCGUCGUUGUCUUCCUCCUCAUCAACAACGUCGGAAGGAGAAGUAGCAGCAACAUCAGCAUCAUUGGCAGCUUCCUCUUUCGCAGGAACAGGGGCUCCAAAGUCUUCGUCAUCGACACCCUCGAAUAAAGGCAGCAGCAAAGGUAGCAUUGUCGGUAGUGGUAGUACCGCCACUACUACCGCUGCCGCUGGUUCGACGUCGUCACCAUUGAGUACAGGAAAGCUCGAUGGUGAUGAUGUGGGGACGGUCGUAAAAGCAUCAAAGCAGGCCUCGACUGCACCAGCAGGUGCUGGCCAGCGUGAGCAAACACCGCUACCUCCGGCCGCCGGAGAAUCGGUAGGAUACGCCGGGGCGAAUGCUGAUCCGGGCGCUGCUUCGGGUGCAACAACCGCAUCCGGGUCCUCUGCUUCGGGUUCGGACGACGCAGGAGUGGCUGGAAAAAAUCGAUCCCAAGCGAUCACCACCACCAGCGUAAUUUGUAAAAACAAUUCUAAAAAUAAUGAUAAAACAAUGUCGUCGACAAAGAGUUCCACAACCGCAACUAAGCCGCCUCCACCACCCGCCGUGCCACCGACUGCCACCGCAUCUACCGCCCACGGAGAUGGCGCGUGUGCCGGAGGCAGGAACAAUAACAACAGUAUCGGUAGUGCCGGAGGGGGAGGCGGUGGUGCAAGUGCAAAGUGCACCGAGGGUGGAGGAACCGGAAGCGCCACCACUGCGCCGAAGUCGGCGAGUGGACUCGGGCAGCCCGCCGGCGCCUCUACGGUUGGUCCCGCUAGCAUCAACAAGCCGCCGUCUAGUAAUAACAAACUUCCCAGCACCAAUUCGUCCCCGGUCAAAUCGGAUACGGAGACCUUUUCCGAGUUCCAGCCCCGCGUGUCGGACUCUUCGGAAUCGGACGAAGAGUCUGUAUCGGAGAUUUUGCUGGCUUGCCUAUGUCUAAGGCCAGAUCUGCUGGUCGAAUCUAUUACCGAAGAUCACCAAAUGGAGGAGAUGCAUGAGGCGGAGUGCUCGGACAGCUGCGAGAAUGACGUCGACAUGGAUGAGUCGGACAGUUGCGACAACGAUGCCGACGACAAUGAUGAUUCCGAGGAAGACGAUGAAGAUGACGAAGAUAUGGUUCAUAGUACGGUGCCCGGCAAAUUUCUCCUAGAGAAUGACGACGAUACCGACCAUGAGCGAGAUGAGGCAGCGCAUGCUUUGACGCGAAUGAAAUCCAGUGACGGCAGUCCGAGGGACAAGAAUUUGCUAUCACGCUCGCUGAUUGCGGCCUGCACCGACAACGAUGUGAACACCGUCCGGAAGCUGCUAGUCGAGGGCAACUCGCUGAACGAAGCAACAGAGGAAGGCGAUUCGCUGCUAUCGUUGGCGUGUUCCGCCGGCUACUAUGAGCUAGCUCAGGUACUGCUGGCGAUGUCGGCUCAGGUGGACGACCGUGGCCAGAAGAAUGACUGUACGCCGCUAAUGGAGGCAGCGUCGGCCGGCCAUGUCGAUAUCAUCGGGCUACUGUUCAAGCACGGUGCUGACGUAAACGCACAGUCCUCCACCGGGAACACACCGCUCAUGUACGCCUGUGCCGGUGGGCACGAGAAAGCGGUGCAGAUGCUGCUAGAUUUCGGCGCCAACGUAGAGGAUCACAACGAAAACGGUCAUACGCCCUUGAUGGAAGCCGCAUCGGCUGGUCAUGUUGGAGUGGCGAAGAUUCUCCUGGAGCAUGGCGCCGGCAUCAAUACGCACUCGAACGAGUUCAAGGAGAGCGCACUGACGCUCGCCUGCUACAAGGGCCACCUCGAUAUGGUGCGAUACCUGCUGGAGGCCGGCGCGGACCAGGAGCAUAAGACGGACGAGAUGCAUACGGCGCUGAUGGAGGCGUCGAUGGAUGGGCACGUGGAAGUCGCCCGCCUCCUGCUCGACUCCGGAGCGCAGGUCAACAUGCCGACCGAUUCGUUCGAGUCUCCGCUCACGCUUGCAGCUUGCGGUGGCCACGUCGAUCUGGCCAUGCUGCUGCUUGACCGGGGCGCCAACAUCGAGGAGGUCAACGACGAGGGUUACACUCCGCUCAUGGAAGCGGCACGGGAAGGUCAUGAGGAAAUGGUGGUAUUAUUGCUACAACAGAAUGCGCAGAUAAAUGCUCAAACUGAAGAAACUCAGGAGACUGCCCUAACGCUAGCGUGCUGCGGAGGUUUCGUCGAGGUUGCCAACUAUCUCAUCAAACACGGUGCCGACAUCGAGCUGGGCGCCUCGACGCCGCUGAUGGAAGCUGCCCAGGAGGGUCACAUCGAUCUGGUUCGUUUUCUGCUAAAGGCGGGCGCCAAUGUGCACGCCCAGACGCAGACUGGCGAUACGGCGUUGACGUACGCGUGCGAGAACGGCCACACGGAGGUAGCGGACCAUCUGCUGUACUAUGGAGCCGAGCUGGAGCACGAAUCGGAGGGCGGCCGGACACCGCUGAUGAAGGCGUGCCGAGCCGGCCACUGGUGCAUCGUGAAGUUCCUGAUCGAGAAGGGUGCGGACGUGAAUCGUCACACGACGAACAACGACCAUACGCCGCUCUCGCUUGCCUGCACCGGUGGCCAUCAGAACGUGGUCGAGCUAUUGCUUAAGAAUGGUGCCGAUCCGUUCCACAAGCUGAAGGACAACAGCACCAUGCUGAUCGAGGCUGCCAAGGGCGGCCACAUCGGGGUGGUGCAGCUGUUGCUUGAUUUUCCCCACUCGCUGAUGAGCGCUACCGCUGCCCAGCAGCAGAACAACGUGCUCAACAAUGGGCAACAACAGCAAGUCCAGCAGCAACAGCAGCAGCAGGUCCAGCAGCAACUGCAGCAACAUCAGCAGCAGCAGCAGCAACAGGUCCAGCAACUGAUUAUUUCCCAAAACCAGCACCACCAACAGCAGCAGCAGCAACAGCAACAGCAGCAGCAGCAUCACCAUCAUCAUGCCCAGCAGCAAACACUGCAGCACCAGCAACAGCAAAUGCUGGCCGGCCCACCCGGUUUGCGCGAGGUUCCGGAGGCGAUCCGUGUCAGCAAUAAGCAAAUUUUCCAACUGCCAACCAAGGAGGUGCUUGAGCAACAACAGCAGCAGCAGCAUGCCCAAGUGUCUCCCCUAUCACAACAAUCGCUCGACCAUCUUCAGCAGCAGCAGCAGCAGCAACUACAUCAACACCAGCAGCUGCUUGCCAACAGUCAUCAGCUGCUGAACAAGGCGAGCAUGCUGCUGGACCGGACCGGCAACGAGUCAUCGAUCCUGACGCAGCACCUCCUCGAAAUUCAACCCUCGCUCGAGCCGUCGCUGAAGGAAACCUUCUUGGAGGGCUUGGCGAUGGGUUUGGCUUCGCGGGCCGCCGCACGCCACAUCAAUCCCGGAGCGAAAGGAACGACCUCAACCACGCCACCCAUCCAGGAGCAGCAGCAGCAGCAGCAGCAACACGAACAGGCUGCCGUCGCCCAACAACAACUCACCCAAUAUCUCCACCAGUUGUCGCAGCAACAGCAGCAGCAGCAACAACAACAGCACGCCCAGCAGCAGCAGCAGGCGAUCAUUCUGCAUGGCAGCAAUGUGGUUACCCAUCCGCAGCAACAUUUACAGCCGCAGCAGCAACAGCUGGUAGCUACUGCGGUGGGAGUGGGAAAUGCGGUUCCUGGCGCCGUUGCUGGGAACAAGCAGCAGCGAAGUUUGCUGCGCAAGCAGCAACAGCAGCAGCAGCAGCAGCAGCUACCAACCACACAACUGCCUUCGCCGUUUGAGGCAAACCUCACCAGCUCGGAAGUGCAGCAGGUGCGCAGUGAACCCAUUGGCGAGGACAAUGCCGGUGGCUCGGCGAGUACACCUCAGUUGCGAGAGCAGCAGCUGCUGCAGUCCCGUGCGAGCAACGUGGCGAUGCGUUCCGACUACGAGCAGUACCAGAAGCAGAUGCGUGAAAUGUAUCAGAAGAAGGCAAACAUUCAAUUCAUCUGCGAUGCGAAUGGACCACCAUCAACACUAUUACCACCACCAACGGGGACGACUGCACUCCUGUUUGCCUCACCAUUGCCAACCAGCAAUUUGCCUCAGUCGCAACAGCUCGCCAUGGUCGCGAAUGCUGCGAAUGCCGGAGGCGGCGGCACCAACACCACCGCUGGGAGCGGAGGAAUGGUUACCAUUGGUAGUGGUGGUGGUGGCGGUGGUGGAGGGACGCCAUUGACCGCGCCCUCGGAAGUGUCACAGAGUACCGCCAUCAGCGAUCGUCCGAAGGUGAAGCCAGUCUCGAAGAAGGAUGCCAAGAACAAUCGCAAAACGGCGGCAGCUGCGGCGGCGGCGGCAGCAGCAGCAGUGGCUACCGCCUCGGCGACUGUUCAACAGCAGCAGCAGCAACAACCGCUGUGGCCACCGGCGACGAACAAUGCGCCCAGUGGUGUUGGUGCGAGUGGCAUACUGCAGCAAAAACCAAUGGUGUCAAUUUAUAACAACUUGGGUGUCAUGAUUCAGAGCUCCGAGCCGAACGUUCAUAUGCUUCAGCAGUCGAUGUCGAAUCUGAACCUGCAAUCGCAACCGUCUUCGGUACUGUCGGGAAGCAAGGCUUCCAACGAUAAGAUCCAGUCCGGAGCGGACGCAACCGUUGACUGCAGCAGCAGCAGCAAAACCGACACCAGCGACGAGAGCACGACAAAGUCGGCAGCCACCACGCUCUCGUCGUCGGCGUCUUCGCCCGGCGGUAGCAACACCAAUGUUCCUACGUCGGUCAUUACGUCAACGAAGCGAAUCGGUGCCGCCGUUUCUGAUGCUGACCCGGAAGCCCGACAGCUGUUGGCAUCCGACGGAAAAGAUGAACCUGCCGUUGGUCCUGUGCCAGCCGGCGGGCCUACUGUGGAAGCGGGUGCCGCCCCUGUUGUUGUUGGGGAUGGUGUUAACGAUUGUGCCAGCAGUAGCAGCAGCAGCAGUGGCAGUGGCAGCGCCGGCAGCAGUGCGGCAAGCAGCAACGGAAGUAGCGGCGCGGCCAGUAGCAACGACUCUACCGCCAGCACGACCACCACCGGUAGUAGCGGGGGUGAAGGGGAUGGUGGUAGUACGACCAGCAGUGGUAGUGUCAGUGCGGGCAGCAGUAGCAGCAGCAGCAGUAGCAGCAGUAGCAGUGCCAGCAGCGAUGGUAGCACGACGGGAAGUUGCCACAAUAACAGCACUGCCGGCGCUGCCGGUACGGGCGAUGCGGACCCGGAAGGGGAAGGCGAAGCUGAGGUGGAAGGGGUCGACGGUGUGGAGGAAGAGGAGCAUGAUGUUAUCGGCGGAGGUGGCGAGCUGGUAUCGGCCAGCGAGCAAGACAACCAGUUCAAUCUGUUUGCGCUGGUCGACCGGAAGAUGAUGCGCAAGAUUGCGCAACGUUUGCUCGGCGAUCCACCGAAAUCACCGUCGGAAACGCCACCGCUCAGCUGCCCGGCGGGCUCGAGCAUGGAGCUUCCCUCAUCACCACCAUCGUCGUCAUCGAUGAAUGCUGAACUAGAAUACCCGGAACUGUCGCGUAUACUGUGCAGCUUCAGUCGACCAGAUCUACUGCCACCGACAUCGGAGUUCGUGCAAGUGCACCAGCACGUUUCGAACAUCAUCCAGCAUAAGGGUGGAAGCAAUCCAAUCAAGCUUGGAGAUGGUUCCGAUGGCCACCAGUAUGUUGAGGAAGGUGACGAGCAUAUGCCCAUGUUCAACAUCGAGGAGGCGGAGGUGGACGGUAUCACCGAUUGUGUCGGUGGUAUGUACCCUUCGCUGGACGGAACGCUCGAACCAUUCCACGCGGAGGACGGUUCGGUCACGCAACCGCACGGUGGUCGCGAAAUGUACGGCUACGAGUGGGUCGAGUGCAUCGAUGAAGUGUUGCAAGCACUGCACAACUGCAGUGAUAUUCCGGUUGCGUUACAGGUAAGAGAAAUGGCGGCGAAUCUCAGCUGCCAUGAUAUGGACGCGUACGCUAACCUCGUCGGAAUGAACUCGUUCUGCAAGACACGCUGGGCCGGAAACCAGAACCAGCUGACAUCCGGUACGUCGUCGCCUGUCGAAGAAGAUGGCACCAUGUCUCUGGGCGAUGAGCAGUGCGCUUUUCGCCAGGGACAGGCGGCCGCCAGCCAGCUACUGACGUUCGAUCCACAGCAACCAUUGUCGUUGGAUCAGCUGCAGUUGCUUAGUCAGCUACAGGCAUCCGCUUCCGGCUCCGUUCUGCAUCAUCCGGCUAGUGGUGGCAGUGGCGCCGAUGGAUCAGGGCAGCAGCCUAAGCUCGUCUUCAAUGUCGAUGCCGAUAAAGCCUCGCAAGUGCAUUUGCUAUUUCAACUGCCUACCGUACAGUCGCAGCAGCAGCAGCAGUCCCAACAAGACCAGCAGCAGCAGCAGCACGAUCCCAGUAUGAUGGUCAAUCAGUCGCAGCAGCAGUUGCAACAAACGCAACAGCAGCAGCAGCAGUUACAACUUUCGCAGCAAGUGAACGUCGCUCAGCAGCAACAGCAGUGCAAUGUGACGAUGCAGUCGCACGCCGCGGCCGCUGCAGCCGCUGCGGCCCUGCAGCACGCCCAGUUGCAGCAGCAGUUCCACGCGCAAAACAUGGUCGCUCAUUCGGGAGCGGUGAGUCUCCAGCAGCAACAGCAUCAGCAGCGUCAGCAACAACAGCACCAGUUGCAGCAUCUGCAGUCUCAGGCCCAGGGACAGCAGCAGCAGCAACAACAGCACUGUCUGCAGCACGCCCAAAUGCAGGUUGCGACACAAACGGCCCAGCAGCAGCAAACCGCCGGUGGUGUUCCGGUGCAGAUGAGGGAAGAAGAUAUACCGCAACUGAUUCCCCGUCAGUUCGCGCAGAUGAUGGAUGCUGCUACCCAACAGCAGCAACAGCAACAGCAGCUGGUUCCAGUGGCACCUAUUCCUAUUGGUGGUGGUGGUGGUGGUGGUGGUAAGAUGGUUGGUGGAGUCACCGGUGGUGCCGGGAAGAAGGGCGAGAAAAAUCGCAAAGAGAAGAACCGCGUUACCGUACCGGCCGUGCGCCAAGCGCCGGCAGGGCAGCAGAGUGGUGGCGUUGGUGCUGGCCCCGUCCAAAACUAUCAGUUCGAUGCGAACGGAAGACAGACGGUGGGUGGUGCACUCGUGGACGUACCUCCUCCCGGCGGUGCCGUCCAUAUGACCUCGUUCCCGGGUGCCGGAGGCAAUGUGAUGGCGCCUGUAGGAGCCGGCGCUGCGCCCGCACCGGAGCGCACGAUUGACGUAGAUUCUGAGACGGACUCGAACCAUGACACCGCUCUGACGCUCGCCUGUGCCGGCGGCCACGAGGACAUGGUGGAGCUACUGAUCAAUCGGGGCGCCAACAUCGAGCACAAGGAUAAGAAGGGCUUCACGCCGCUCAUCCUGGCAGCGACGGCAGGCCACGAGAAGGUGGUCGACACGCUGCUGCGCAAUGGCGCCGACAUUGAGGCACAGUCGGAGCGCACCAAGGACACCCCGCUGUCGUUGGCGUGUUCCGGUGGUCGCUACGAGGUGGUAGAGCUGCUGCUCAGCAUGAACGCCAACAAGGAACACCGAAACGUGUCGGACUACACGCCCCUUAGUCUGGCGGCGAGCGGCGGUUACGUGAACAUCAUCAAGCUGCUGCUAACGAAGAACGCGGAAAUUAACUCGCGCACCGGCAGCAAGCUCGGCAUCUCGCCGCUCAUGCUGGCCGCCAUGAACGGGCAUGUGGCGGCAGUGAAGCUGCUGCUCGACAUGGGCUCCGACAUAAAUGCGCAGAUCGAGACGAAUCGCAACACGGCGCUGACGCUCGCCUGCUUCCAGGGUCGGCACGAGGUCGUCAGUCUGCUGCUCGACCGCAAGGCCAACGUGGAGCAUCGGGCAAAGACCGGCCUGACGCCGCUGAUGGAGGCCGCCUCGGGCGGCUACAUCGACGUAGGGCGCGUGCUGCUGGACAAGGGUGCGGACGUGAACGCCGCCCCGGUGCCGUCCUCGCGCGACACCGCCUUAACGAUCGCCGCCGACAAGGGUCACCUGAAGUUCGUCGAGCUGUUGCUUUCGCGGGGCGCCGCUGUGGAGGUUAAGAAUAAAAAGGGCAACUCACCGCUCUGGCUGGCGGCCAACGGAGGCCACCUGGGGGUGGUAGAGCUGCUGUGCAGCGCCGGCGGUGACAUCGACUCGCAGGACAACCGCAAGGUGUCCUGCCUGAUGGCGGCCUUCCGCAAAGGCCACACCAAGGUGGUCAAGUGGAUGGUCGGGCACGUGACGCAGUUCCCCUCGGACCAGGAGAUGACGCGCUACAUCAAUACGAUUAGCGAGCAGGAGCUACUGGAGAAGUGUCAUGACUGCGUGAAGAUCAUACGGGUGGCGAAGGAUCAGCAGGCGACGAAGGCGAACAUCAACGCGUCGAUCCUGCUGAAGGAGCUCGAUCUGGAGCGGACCCGCGAGGAAAGCAGGAAGGCGGCCGCAGCCAAGCGGCGGGAGCGUAAGAAGCGCCGCAAGGCGGAGAAACGCGAGCAGCAGCGCAAGCUCAACUCGGCCGACGGAGGUGAAGGCAACAACGACGACGACGAUGACGACGCGGACGAUGACAAGGAUGAGGAGGAAGACAACGAUAGCGAGCACGACGAGGACGAGCUGCUGUUGACGGCGGCCAUGACGAACGCCGCUGCCACUGGCAACAAGAGCAACACCCGUGCCGGUACCAACGCCGGCACUGCGGCCAAUGCGACGGCCACCUCUCACAACAAGCAACAGCAGCCACAGAACAACCUUCGCGAGAAGGAGAAGGAAAAGGAAAAGGAUGCUAGUAAGGGAAAGGAGAAGGAAAAAGGUGGCAAGGAUGGGAAGGAAUCGAACCAGCCGACAACGGCGGCCGCCACUGCUUCGUCCUCUUCCUCCUCCUCCCAGAGCAACCAGCGUGUGCAGCAAGGCAACAAUGGUGGUGGGCAGCAGCUGUACAACUAUCGUCCGAUUUCGAUCCCGUACCAGAUUCAGGAGGAGGGAGACUCCGGCAUCGACGCCAACAGUCUCGGCUCGUGUUCCAGCUCGGACGUGAAGGUGCCGGCAGCGUCGCCGGCAAACAACCCGCUUGAGCAGAAAAAGAACAACAAGAAGCGCAAGCAGCAACAACAACAGCAGCAGCAGCAAGCGCAAACGGCGCGUGGUGCUAUCGCGUCCACUAACGCUGCUGGUGCGGCUAGGGCAGCCAAUGCGAAGGCAACGGCCGCCGCAGCCUCCUCCGGUGGCAAAACAAGUGCUGGCCAGGCGCCAAUCAAUAACGGCCACCAGCAGUCCUCUACUGCCACGACCGGCAACCGUCAAUCGAAGAGCCCGGAGAGUAGUGCCUCGACGUCGAACAACAGCAAUAGUGCUGGUGCUGUAGUGCAGGAUAAAAACUCGAAAGAAAAGCAAGGCCGACGUCAGCAACAGCAGGAACAACAGCAGGUUUCCUCGUACAGCCGGGAGAAGCGUGAAAAGACAGUCGAAAAGGAGAACGUUGCCCCACGCGGCGAUGACCAUCGAACGUCCUCGACAUCGUCAGGUGCGAAGGGUGGCGGUGGUGGCGGUCCGGAUAAAAAAUCGUCUUCGGCGGGUGAUCAUGCUGCCCACCACAACCAUCACAACCAUCACCAUCACCAUCAGGGUGGUGGCGUGGCCGGUAGUAACAACCUAUCCUCCGGGGCAAUGAUGCAUCAGCAACAGCAUCAAAAUGCAUCGGCGGCCGGCGGCAAUCGUAAGUCGAUUAUCGUGUUCGGUUCGAAUCGACACGCUGCGACGCUGGAUCACGAUGACGGCGGAGGAGGAAACUACUACAACGCGGGUUCGGGUUCGGGUGGUGGAGCUAAGAAAACGCACGGCAAUAAGACGUUCUACAACACGAACGACGAACACCAUCACGGCGGUAAGGGAGGAGGAGGAGGAGGCUCUUCGGCAAGCCCGAUGAAGCAACAACAGCAGCAGCAGUCGAACAUGGGCUCACAUCAGCACCAAGGAGGAAGUGGUACGCUGUCGUCGAGCUCGGGUGGUGGUAUGGGAGCGAAGCGUGAGGAAGGAUGGAAGGAGGUUAUCCGCAAGAGCUCCGUCCAGCAGGGCGGUGGUGGUGGCGGCGGCGGCGGUGGUGGAGGUGGCCAAUCGUCAUCCUCCUCCUCGCCGAUGGAGUGUCGCAAGGUGCAGGUACCGAUGCAUGCCAUAUCGCGCGUCAUCGGUCGCGCCGGAAGCAACAUCAACGCAAUCCGGGCAGCCACCGGGGCCCACAUCGAGGUGGAGAAGCAGGGCAAGAGCCUGGGCGAUCGGGCGAUCACGAUAAAAGGCUCGCAGGAGGCGACCAAGCAGGCAUAUUCGCUGAUCGUUACGUUGAUCAAAGAUCCGGACGUGGACAUUUUGCUGAUGCUGCCGAAGCACAACACAGGAGCGGCCUCCUCUUCUGCCGCGCAGAAAGCGAACUCCUCUUCGUCGUCGACGUCGUCUUCUUCGUCGGUGGCCGCCGUUUCAUCCAGUGCGUCCUCUUCCACCGCGAACCAGCAGCAACCUCCGCCACCCAUUAUCCCGGCAGCGAUCGUACCAACGAAUGGUGCGGCACCGACCAUGUCGGCGGUCGUGGCCUCGGGUGGUGUAGCCGCAGCUGCAGCUGCCGCCGCCGCAGCCGCUGCUGCAGCCGCUGCCGCCGCCAACAACAACAACAACUCCUCUUCAGGAGUUGUCAAGGGCGCCAAGAAUGCCGCCUUUAUGGUAUCGUCCUCGUCGUCAAACAGCGCUGGAACCAAACCGUCGGCGGUUGGCACUGGUAGCAUAGCUAGCAUUGUCGCCUCCGGCGGUGGCCCUCUGUCUGCAGCAGGCGGGUCCGCCAAUAAUGCCAACAACACCGUCCCCAGCGGUGGUGGUGGACAGUCCAAGGCGGCAGCAUCAUCGUCGUCUGCGGCCGGUUCCGUACCGUUGAACGGUGGUCGCACAACGACCACCAAAAACCUGUUCCUAUCGUCGACUUCGUCGACCCAUCAGCAACCGCAGUCCCAGUCUCGUGUGGCCAACUCCAUCAACAACAGUGGAGCAACAACAACGGCGGCUCCUGUCAACAGCACCACCAUCGGCACCGUGCCAUAUAACAACGCGGUCUCUGGAGGGCCCAACAUGAUGGCGGGACAAGGAAAGGAAUCGUCGAAACGACAGACGUCCUCCGCAUCCGCUUCGGGCUCCUCGAGUGCCAAGGGUGGUGGCGUCGGUGUUCCAUCUGCGUUCGGCGGCAUGCAGUCGUCGAUGAAGAAGAACGUUCCUGCCAGCAACAAUAGCAACAAGUCCGCUGUACCACAGGGCGGUGGUACGAACAUCGCAGGAAGUAACGUUCAACCGGCAAAAGCGGCCACAGCUGCAGGAGGAACGUUCGCCAAGUUGGUCGCCACGGAUGGUGGUGUACCGCCUGCACCACCGAACACAGGCACCGUUAUUGUGAAUAGUAACCAAAAGAAGGUCCCGGGUUCGAAUGUCGCUGGACAGCAGCAACAACAACAACAACAACAACCGGGAGCUCCAGGCAAUCGCUCGCCAAUGCAAAUGCAGCAAUCGCCAGCAAAGGGAGGAGCAGGCACUGGAGUGCCACCGGCACCGUUCGGCAAUACCAACAGCAACGCCGUUGUUGGUGCGUCUUCUGCGCCAGGUCAAAUGAAUUCCUCAAACCAACAACAGCAGCAGCAGCAGCAGCAACAGCACUUGCAGCAACAGUCGAAGAUAUCAUCAUUUAUUCCUCCGAUCGCGACAAGCGGUCCGCCCGGUCCCACGAUUGCCGAGGCGUCCAACGCCAUUCCGCCGAUCAGUGUACCAAUGACGGCCAAUCCACUGGCAGCUCCAGGCUCCGGGCGCUCGAUCACACCGAUCGGCCAGCAGCCAGUCAUCAUGUCGUCCUCGUCGGCAUCGUCGACCAUUUCCUCCUCGUCGGUAUCAUCCACCUCGGUGACCGGUCCGAUCGGUAGCCGCAGUGUUACCACUCCGUCGCCUCUGCUUCAAUCGCAACAGCAGCAUCAGCAACAGGGUUCGUCGCCCCCCAUGAACGCCGCCGCUAUCGGUACGAAGAUCCAACCGAUCGGUGGCGGUCAGCAGCAGCAGCAACAUCAAGCGCCUUCACAGCAGCAACAGCAGCAGCACCUUCAAUCGAUGCCGCCUCCAUCGCAGAACGAGUACUCGCUCUUUAACGAUCCGUUCAGCAACAGUCAGUGGGGCAGCGGUGGUGGUGCAGCCGGUGGCGGUGUCACAGCCCCAGGAUCAGGCGUCGGUGGUGUGGUGGUGGAUGUUGGCAAACCGCCUCUGUACGGUGGGCAUCAUCAUCAUCAUCACCAGCAUCACCAUCAUCCGCAUCACCAGCAUCAGCAGCAUCCGAGCGGACCGCCACAUCAUUCCCAGCACCAGCAGGGGCACGUUGUUGGCGGUGGAAGCGGAUCGUUGCCGCCAUUCAUGGAGAACCCACCUACAUUGCAGGUUGAUGCGUCGAAGGCUCCCGGGUACCGUGGAAAUGCCAUAUCGUCUCCGGUCAGCUCGAAGGCAUCAAGCAACACCACGACGCCUCCGUCGUCGAGUAUGUCCUCGCAUCAGCACCAGCAGCAACAGCAGCAUCACCAACAACCACCACACCAGGUGCUGCAACAGCAACAGCAACAGCAGCACCAUCAGCAACAACAGCAGUCCCACGGUCCCCAUCCAUCGAUGCUCCACCAUCAGUCCCAGCAGCAUUCGCUCACGAGUCAGCAGUCGUUGGGACUCGGGCACAUGCUCAGUAGUGGCAGUACUACCUCCCCCAUGGCAACCACCACGGUGUCCCAAUCGGGGGCUGGCAUGAACAACAUGGUCGGUGGACACUCGGUGGUAUCGUCGUCGGGUGGCAGUGUACCAUCGGUAUCGUCGGUGACGUCGGGUGGUCAACAGCAGCAACAGCAACAGCAGCAGCAACCACCGUACCCUUCGCCCAACGAUGCCGCCAACGUGGUGAUGAAAUCGAACCCGCCUCCCUCAAUGAUGGGCGUCGGCAACAGUGGCAACAGUGGCAUGAUGCGCCCCAUGAUGAAUCUUUCCUCGCAAAUGCGUGGUCCUCCGACGGGCGGUGGAUCGCACGGUGGCAAUGGGCCUCACGACUACCUCGGUGGUGGUCGUGAUCACUCAGGACUUGGGCCGCAGCAGCAGCAGCAGCAACCGGUCGGAAGCUCUCGGCCGCCCCCGUUGAUGUUCGAUACAGUCGUCAACCUCGGUGGUGGUGGUGGUCCACCCGAUUCACUCCAGUCCUACCAGUCGCACCUCGGUUUGGGAGGUAAUGCGGGGCUGGCGCCCAUUUCGCGCCUCAACCCAAAGGCAUCGGCCUUUUCCGGUGGUCCGUCGUCGGGUCAGCAGCAACACCAUCCAGGUGUAGGCAAGAUGAACCAGUCCAAUAGCCAGCACCAGCAGCCGCCCUCAUACGGUGGUAAUGGUGGCGGGGCAGGUAUGUUCCACCCACCACCGCCCAUCGGGUUGGGUGGAGGCAAGUAUUCGUCCAUGUCGUCGUACAGCCUUGCGCCCGGUCGGCCAAAUAACAGCCAGCAGCAGCAUGGUGGUGGAGGAGGACCACCGCCACCGGGAAGCGUCAUGCAUCGAGGCGGCGGACCGGGCGGUGUGUCGGGUGGUGGCAGUGGCGGCGGAAACAAUUGGUUCGCUUCCGAGCUGAGCCACCUACAGCGUGAGAAUUUGAUGGGCAUGGACAACGGUCUAGCGAUGGCUCUCAGUGGCGCAUCGCCUACCAUUUCUCCCAACAAUAACACGCAGCCUACGGCCAACGGAGGCGUCGCCGGGGGUGGUGGUCUUUCCCAGCAGCAGCAACAGUCGGCGAUGGAAGAUGCUCGGAAACUACCGCGCGCCAUUGGCACGGAACGGGCCUGGAAGUUCGCCGGGAACGGCAAUGUGGGCAUAGGUAUUGGCGGUGCUGGAGGAGGUUCUGGCGGAGGAGUAGGAGGCAGUGGAGGUAACGGAGGUGGCAGCAUGUACAACGCCGGCCUUAUUGCGUACGUCGGGGGGUUGGAUGGGCCCGAUCUGAUGAACGGUGGAGCACCGCCAGCUGCACUGGCAGCAGCGGCUGCGGCGGCUGCGUCCGGCAACCAACCGUGGAUCAUGGACAAGAGUCAGCUCAUGGGCGGAGGUUCGCAACAACAACAGCAGCAGCAGCAACAGCACCAACAACAGCAGCAGCAGCAACAAAUGCCCUGGCUGAAUCCAGGUCCACUUCCGACUUCGAUGGGUCGACAGUACAUGGAUGACAUUCACCUACCGGACCAUUUCCAGCAACUACAAAUGGAUUACCAUGGCAACAUCGGUGGUGUUGGUGCGAAUGGUCCGAACCAACCGAACAUGAAUUUCAUGCAGUAUCCGUUCACACCAUCGAACGACAUGGUGGGCUCGGCUGAAUUGCGCCCGCCGUGGGAACACGAAAAACAUGGUUGGUCACAAAAGUGGACUGGCCACUAAAAGGAAAGGAGUAGUCACUAGUCGUCGCCCCACAGCACGGCAGGUGGGAUUCGGUUUCCCCGCCCAGCGUCACAGGACACACAGGUGAAAAGGUAUUGUGAUACCAGGACACAGGAGACGAUGAAAAAAACGGUGGUGUGACACAUUGAGAGAAAAGGGGGCCGGCUCUUUAGCUUGCAAUCAGAUCAAUCUGCUAUCUAUUUCAUGUAGAGAAAAACCCGCAACCAUAAGUUUGUCUAGCGAUUUAAGUGUAGAAAGCCUUGGGCACUACUUCAGCUACUUCCCAGUGUUUGAGCGUUCAUCGCUAAGGAACGAUCAGAGGCGUCUAUGUUUUGUGAUUCCCCCCUUGUUUGUUGGAGGGAACGAUGGAUAGUGACGUAUCCGAUAAAAGGCUACCGCGUAAAUAGCAAUUGCAUGAUAACGUGAGAAUCGUUUUCGCUCAAUUUCGCUCGCUUCGCUAUUGAAUACUUAUACAGAAUAAAAAAACCACAAUGGUCACAUUAACAACUACUUCGCUCACUUUGGCUAAAGCCGUUCCAAUCCAUGCUCUAG